CACAAAAAAUUGUUUUGUUCUUAUUUCAUCGUUCAAAAUGAAACGUUCAAGAACAACGUUGCUCGCUUUGAUCUUCUUCAUUGUCACCAUAUGGGAAUCAAACUCAUCAUUAGCAAAUUCGGAGACUUUCACACAAUGCCUAACGUCAAAAUCCGACCCCAAACAUCCCAUCUCCUCUGCCGUGAUCUUCUCCGGAAACAGCUCCUACUCCUCAGUACUAGAAGCCUACAUCCGUAAUCUACGGUUCAACACCUCCACAACCCCAAAACCCUUCCUAAUAAUCGCCGCAACACACGAAUCACACGUUCAAGCCGCAGUUACUUGUGGCCGACGUCACCACCUUCAGAUGAAAAUCAGAAGCGGUGGCCACGACUACGACGGCUUGUCAUACGUGACAUACUCUGGGAAGCCGUUCUUUGUCCUCGAUAUGUUUAAUCUCAGGUCGGUUAAUGUUGACCUAGCCAGUAAAACCGCGUGGGUCCGAAGCGGUGCCAUUCUCGGAGAAGUUUAUUACUAUAUAUGGGAGAAAAGCAAAACCCUAGCUUAUCCGGCAGGGAUUUGUCCGACGGUUGGUGUUGGUGGCCAUAUUAGCGGCGGAGGGUACGGAAACAUAAUGAGGAAGUACGGUCUCACCGUUGAUAAUACUAUCGAUGCAAGAAUGGUCGACGUCAAUGGAAAUAUUUUGGAUAGAAAAAUGAUGGGAGAGGAUCUCUACUGGGCAAUCAACGGAGGAGGAGGAGGAAGCUUCGGCGUCGUUUUGGCCUACAAAAUAAACCUCGUCGAAGUCCCUGAAAACGUCACCGUUUUUAGAGUCUCCCGGACGUUGGAACAAAACGCGACGGAGAUCGUUCACCAGUGGCAACAAGUCGCUUCAGUGCUUCCCGACGAGCUCUUCAUAAGAGUCGUCAUUGACGUAGUAAACGGUACCGUUUCUUCUCAAAAGACCGUUAGGGCAUCUUUCGUAGGUAUGUUCCUCGGAGACGCAACGACGCUUCUGUCUAUAUUAAACCGGAGAUUACCAGAACUAGGUCUGGUCCGAUCAGAUUGUACCGAAACGAGCUGGAUUCAAUCAGUGCUUUUCUGGACGAAUAUCCGUGUUGGUACGCCGGAGACAGUUCUCCUCCAGAGGAACCAAACCGUUAAUUAUCUCAAGAGGAAGUCCGAUUACGUCCGCGAACCGAUUUCAAGAACCGGUUUAGAAUCUAUAUGGAAGAAGAUGAUCGAGCUUGAAAUCCCAACGAUGGCUUUCAAUCCAUACGGCGGCAUGAUGGGGAGGGUUCCGUCCACGGCUACUCCGUUCCCAUACAGAGCAGGGAACCUCUGGAAGAUUCAGUACGGUGCGAACUGGAGAGAAGAUAGGUUGACGAACCGGUAUAUGGAGCUGACUAGGGAGCUGUACCGGUUCAUGACUCCUUUUGUUUCCAAGAAUCCGAGACAGUCGUAUUUUAACUAUCGGGAUGUUGACUUGGGGAUUAAUUCUCACGACGGAGUUGUCCGGAGCUACGUGGAAGGUGAACGUUACGGGAAGAAAUAUUUCAACGGAAAUUUCGAGAGGUUGGUGAAGAUUAAGACGAGAGUUGAUAGUGGGAACUUCUUCAGGAACGAACAGAGUAUUCCUGUGAAACCAUAGUUUCAAUAUAUUUAUUUAGUGAAAUUGCUAUUGUGUAAUGAUUGUGUUGUAAUUCUUAUGAAGUUUAUAGUAAAUAAAGUUCGAUUGUUAUAUGGGUA